GAAUACAACUCAAUUUUACUCGAAUAACUUCCUGCUCUUUAAUAAGUGUAGACUUUUAAUAAUUCAACAAUUUUUGAAAAUGGGAAAAACAAAUUUGAUUCAUUGUGAAGAGAGAAAUUUUUGUGUUUGAUUGAUUUUAUGUAAUUAUAAAAGCUGAAUACACUAUUUUAUCUGAUGGAGGUAGAGUUUUACGAAAUAGAUAGAAAAAACGCCUGGAACACUAUUUUCCAGGAAAUAAGAAAUGAGUCCAAUAAUUUUACGUACAUCAUAAAAGAUGCCAAAAAGUUAGAGAAUAAGAAUUUGAAUCGAUAUCGGGAUGUCAAUCCAUUUGAUCACAGUAGGGUUCGUUUACAAAGAGGUGAUAAAGAUUACAUCAAUGCUAGUUUAGUUGAAGUUCCAUCUGCUGAUAGAUCGUAUAUAUUGACUCAAGGUCCACUGCCUGUAACUACAGGUCAUUUUUGGUUGAUGGUAUGGGAGCAGAAGUCAAAAGCCAUAUUAAUGCUGAAUCGUAUAAUAGAAAAAAAUACUGUGAAAUGCCAUCAGUACUGGCCAGUUGGUAGUGAAAAUGGUGGCAGUGAUGACUUAAUUCUGCGAGAUGUUAAUUUAAAAAUAACAUUUUUAAGUCAGAAAAAUGAAUCAAAUUAUGUUGUCAGAAAUUUUCUGAUAACUGAUCUGGAGAGUGAAAAUUCAAGAGAAAUUCUACAAUUUCAUUAUACAACUUGGCCAGAUUUUGGUGUUCCUGAGUCUCCUGAAGCAUUUUUAAAUUUUCUUUUCUCUGUUCGUGCAUCUGGUGUCUUAAAUAGUAAUUAUGGUCCUCCAGUAGUUCAUUGUAGUGCUGGCAUUGGACGCUCUGGAACUUUUUGUUUGGUUGAUUCCUGUCUUGUUCUUAUUGAAAAAAAUAAUGACCCAAAUUCCAUUAACAUCAGACAACAGUUAUUAGAAAUGCGCCACUACCGUAUGGGGUUAAUUCAGACUCCUGAUCAGUUAAGGUUUUCAUAUGUAGCCAUUAUAGAAGGUGCCAAAAGAGUGCUGUCCAUGCCUAAUGUGCCUUCAGGAAAUGAAAAUCUAUCAAAAACACACAAAAAAAUUUGCUUUUCAUCUGAGAACUGCAACAUAACUGAAAAUACUGAUGAUUCAGAUGUUUCACCCCCUCCCUUGCCACCCCGUUCUCGCAAUUCUGAUGAUUUAUCUCCAUCUAUUCAAACUGAUAUUAACAAUUUUUCUGAACUUAAUGGAGAUAUUAUGAAUAGUGAUUCCAGUUUGUCUAGCAUGAAGCAAAGUGAAUCAGAUGCAAUUAUAAACUCUGAGGAAAAUAAUCAAUACUCAUGCAAAUCUCGAAUUACAGAUGAAGAAAUGAAGCAGUCAAUAACUGGAACAAGUUUUAACAGUUCUGUUUCUCCUGCGUUGGAAAGUUUGACUGAGCUGAGAAAACGUGUACGUAAAGAAAGGGAAGAAAAAACUGCUCUGAUGGUGCAGAACAUUAAGAAAAAGCAAAAAGAAGCUGAAUUGUGGGAGAAGAGAAGGUCAAUUAUUAAACUUUCUUUAGGUUUAGUUCUUAUAAUUGGCAUUGGUUAUUUUGUUUAUAAAAAUUAUUCAAAAAGUUAAAAUUCACUUCCAUUUGUAAAAUUAUUAUGCUUUAUAAUACACUCAAGCUAUUUUUGUUACUUAAUAAUGACAUUAUAUUUUUCAUCUGUGAAUUUAUAAAUAUAUUUUAACUGUUUCAUAGUUGCAGUGAAUUGUGAAGCUUAACAGUUUAAUUUUUUGCAAACUAUGUUCAUUCAUGUUUGCAAAGUUUCAUGUACAACAUCAGCAUUUUGAUUUCAGCUGAGAUGAACAAAUCUGUAUAAUCUAUCUGGUACUGUGUAAAUGUUUUUAAUAACUUUGUAUAUUCUUUACAACUAAGUGAUUAAUUGAAAUAAUCACAUAAAUGUAUAGUAUUUAUCUUUGUUGCUUGAUGAAUAAAUUUUCUGAAAAUAAUAAGCAUCUGGACUUUAGCUUGUGAUUUGUUUCAUGCAUAAUAAAAACUGCAUGUUAAAUUUUUGUAGUAUAUAAGGAAAUUGAUAUUGCCUGUGAUAUGUAUAGCUUUGCUCCUCAAUUAACAGUAAUCUUCAAAAUUAGAUUGGAGAUCUGAAUAAAUAUAAUUGUAGGACCAUGAUUAGCAUUCUUUUAAUAAGUUAGCUAAUCUAAAUCCAUUGCUUUGAAUGUAGAUUGCAUUUCAGUUGUUACUGAUUUAUAUUAAACUGUUUCUGUAGUUGCUGCAUGUUUUGAUCUGAAUCUAAAGGUGUAUUUUAUACUAAUGGAACUAUUAAUUUUGUAAAAGAAUUGCAAGGUGAUGUGUAUUUCGACUUUUAACUAUUUUUUAAAAAUCUUGAAUUAACAAUUUCAUCAUGAAAUGAUAUCAUCGUCAAAAACUCUCAGUAUAAGCUCUUCUAUAUAUAGAUAUUUGAGAGUACCAGCUCUCAGUAUAAAUUCCUCUAUAUAUAGAUGUUUGAGAAUACCUGCUCUCAGAUUUUGGAUUUUUUUCUAAAGAUUCUCUACACUUUCUGAAAUAUUUAUCUCUUAAUUAUAACAUUGCAAAAAAGGUAUUAGAGUUAAAAAAGUUAUAUUAAAGACAAAUAUAUCAUUAAAAACUUUUAGUUCAUGGUUUAACUAUUUGUCGCAUGAAACAAGGUAACUUUUCAAAACAUUAACCAAUUUAUUAUAAAACUUUAAAGUCGGAUUAAAUCUUUGAAAAGAUUUGGACAUUCUUUUUGAAUUUAAUCACUCAGUGUUUUUAUGAGUCUUGAGAAAUAGUUUGUUCGUGAUUAUUUCUGAUUCAUUUUAUGGACAAAUAUUUUAAUAUAAGUAGAAAAAAAAUUGAAAUCUGAACUAAUAAAAAUUUGUUGUUUUUUUGUAAACAGGGGGCAGGGAAUUUAAACAGAUAAAUUUAAAUACUUUAUAAAAAACUAAUUAUAACCUAAUUUUUAACUUUUUGCUACAUGAGAAAUUCACAUUCAUUCUCAUUUAACUUGCCUGUCCGAACAUUUCUAUGAUCUUAUAAAAAUCGAUGAGUUUUUAAAUCGCUCUCUAUUGAGCUGAAACUUUUAGCUGUUUCAAAUCGAAAUCUAUACAUUUUUGUUUGUUCCCUAAUUAUGCAAUUUUAAAUGUGUUUUGACUAUAGCAUUAAAACAAAAUAUUAUCAUUUUUCAAAAUGAAAUUUGGAUUUUUAAGUUGAAAAAAAGAUUUUAAUUUUCGAAAUUAAAUAAAAGAUUAUAUUAAAUAUUUUUUUUAGUAUUAUGAAUAAAAAUUUGUGUGAUUCAAGGAAAAAUAUAAUGAAAUUAGAAUUUGAAUUUUCUUAUUCAUCUAGAUUAAAUUAAUAAGCGAGGUGACAAAAUCUGAGGUAAAUGUAAAAUCUUUAAAUGAAAAAACUGAGAUUUUUCUUUGAAUAUUUGGUAUUUUAUUGAAUUUGUGGCAUUCUUUCUUCUGAUAAAUAGAAUCGACUCUGUAUAUCUUCGAUAUGUUGCAAAUAACUUCAGUCCGGCUUUUGAGUUCAAAGUUAACUUUAUAACUUUGAUAUUUGGAAUUGAGUGGCAGUAUAUUUAAUAGAUAGAUAUUUUCGUGAGUUGUAUGGAAUAUGCAGGAAUAAGGAGUUAAUUUUAAUUUAUAAAAUAAUGAUGUCAGUGCCCUAAGAUUUGUUUAAUCACAAUAAUUCACAGAGAAAAAUAUGUUAUGAAUCUUAUGGUGAAAUGUUUUGAUAAAACAAGAUGCUCUACACAUCAAAAAAAAUUUUCUCAAAAAAGAUAGCCUUAAUGGUAUCUGAAAUAAUUUAUUUAUUCACCAGAUUUGAUCUCAAGUAAUUUCUUUAAAAGGUGUAAUAAUUGUCCCAUUAGUAGUCCAUAUUAGUAGAAAUGGCCAAAAUUUUUUGUUAAGUCUUUCAUGAUGACCAUAAACUAUGAAACAUCAGUUGCAUAAAGUUUUCUCCCUCUAUGAAUUAUGUUUUCUGUCAUAAAUUUUUAUGUGAAUAUUUCAAGUUGAUUUUAUGCUAAGUCAUACAUAUCUUGAUCAUAGUUACAAAUUCUAAUAAAAUUGCUGUAUUUUGUGCCAUUAAAUUGUUAUGAGGUUUUAGCGAAACUGAAGAUCGUUUCCACGAUUUCUGUAGAACUCUAUCAGUGUUUUGCUAUCUGUGUUUUUGCAUGCAUAUUUUGUGAGUGUAUACAUAGUUUUUCAUAAAGGUUUGUAGAUAUUAAUUUAAAGAUACUUUUCAAAAGAAGAUCCCUUGAAUCUUUUUUUUUUUUUCAUGAGUAAAUUGAUUAUAAAAGUUAACAUAUAUAAAUGUGUGUUCAAUUUGGCGAAUUAUUGAAAACCAUUCAAUGUUCAAGAACUUAAAUGUCAGUUGUCCUAACUCUAAUGAAUAUGCUGUUUUCAUUUCUAAGUGGUGACAGCAUUGUCUGCGAAGAAUAAAAUGAAGUUACAGUGAAAGCAUUAGUUGAAGUUUGUAUUUCAGUAUGCAUAAAAUUGUGUAGUUGUUAAUAUGUGAACUUGUUUCCUUACCCAUAUUUAAAUGUUAUGCAUGUGCAUGCAAUUAUUUAAAAAAUUUCUUCAUAAACCAUAAUAUUGUCCAGAUAGGGUAAUGUUGUUAUUCUGAAAGUUUUGAGGUAUCUUGCAUCUUUUAAGUUAAAGAAGCAUGUGUAAGCAAUUAAAAUAUUAUGUAUAUGAAUUCAGCAAUUGGAUGAUGUAUGAUAGCUGAUUUCUUAGUUUAUAAAAAAUUUCGUAAGUGACAUGAAAAGUAGCAUCUUUUCUGUUAAAAAUCAUUUUUUAAUUUCUUUAAAUUAUAUUGUCAUAGUAAAAAAAAAUAAUAAAUUCAUGUGUUUCGGUUUGAGUUGUAAUUGUAGCCAUCAGAAAGUGUAUUUCCUUCUCAAAUAUUUCUAGCAAAAGAUUUUGAAUGAAUUUUUCGAAAAGAUGGAAUAAUCUUGCGAUUUUUUUAAAGUUAUGUUAGUGUUUUAAUCAUUUUUAUGUAUGCAGUUUUGUAUUAGGCUCUGUUAAUGCUUAUCAAACUUGUAGUGUCCAAAUUCUUACUUUGUUCAAAAUUGGAUGAUUUUUCUUCUUGAAGGUUAAAAAAAAUAAUGUAUGAAUGCUAAACAUCAAUGUUUAAUGCACUUGGAAUUAGCUCUCUUUGAGAAAUCUGAAUUUAGAAUUUAUAGUUAAAAAAAUUACGAUUUUAUAUGUCAAAUAAAUAAAAUUAUUAGAUGAUAAAUUGCUUCUGGGAAUAAGCAUUCAUUUAAAAUUGUAACUAAAAUAUAAUAGCAUAUUUAUUUAGGAAAUGAAAGAAAACUGAAGAUGUUGUAAAAAAUUUUCUAAACAAUUGAUAAAAUGGCUAGAAACCUUUUUUCCCCGAAAUAGUUUGAAGUCCGAGUGAAGGAGAUCAGUGUGCAUAUUAAUAGAAUUGAAUGAUAGUUGAUAAAAUAUCUUUUUCUGGUUUGAGUAAUAUAUCAUUAAUCUCGCUCAGAUAUGUCCUCCUUUUAUCACUCCCAAUAUCAUCUUUUAUCUUUUCUUGACAUUUAAUGGAUCAGUGAAUCAUUUGAUGGCUUGUAGAAUGGGCUAUUAUCUGGCAAAGUAAUUGUCUAAAAAACAAAAUUUUGGAAAUCCAUUAAAAAAUUUGGAUUUUAUCGUCUUUUGUGAGAAUUUGAAACUGCAUGAUGGCAUAUUAUUGCAGAAGGGGAAGUAUGUGAAAAAUAUUUAAGCAUAAUUUUAUUUCGGUGGUUAGCAAUAAUUCACAUUAAAACGCGGACAUAUUUCAUAUAGACACUUUGGUUUUUCUAAAUGUAUGGUAGGUGUAUUUUUUUUAUCAACCAAAAAUAAUAGAUGAUUAUUGAUUUAUUUAGUUAAAAAAUCGUUUUAUUGUUUUAUGUUGACUUUUAAGACAUAUUAUGCAACAUUUCUUUUUAAUUUAUGACAGAUUUUACUUUAUUGUCAAAUAUGAUAAAUCGAAUGAGUGAAAUAAAAUUUAUAUAUUACCCAUUGUUAAUGCUGAAGCUGCACAGUUUCUUGUUUGUAAAAAAAUGAUAAUCGCCUGUUGCUGAAAUGUAGCCCUUUAUUCAAGUUAUGUAUAACAGUUUUUUUUUUUUUUUUUUUUUUUUUUUUAAAUCUGUAAUUUCAAUUUAGUGAUUUAAACUCCUAAAAAUUUCUUAAGCUCCAAAUCUUUUAUUAUCCUUAUUUUUUUAAUUCUCGCAGCAUUGCAUACAUGCUUCAUAAAUUCAUUUUAUAAUUUAUCAUAAUUUUUUAAAACCAUUAUAAUGCUAUUUGAUAUAUUUUGUGAUGUUAGUUUAUUCCUCUGUAUCUUUGAAUCCCUAAUGCAGUUAUUGUAUAAAUUUAUUGUUUUUUCUUUUCUUUUACUAGCUUGAGUAGGAUUUUUGCUAUGUAUUAUUGCUAAAUGUUCUUUGCAUUAAAUAUUUGCUAGUGUUGCAAAUUCUGUAUUGUAUUGUAAAAUUUAUUCUUAGUAUGGCUUUUAUUCUUAAUAUGGUCUCUUAUUACUUUACAUUUUUUAAAAUUUACUUUUGGGGAGCUAUUUUAGUUACAAGUAUUUUUUGAAGCAAUGUCUUAAUUAUUUUUCUGCUGUGCGCAAUAUUUUACCAAGUUUUUAAGUUUCUUUGCGUAUUUAAAAAAAAAAUAAUAAUAAGGUUUUUCUUGCAACUAUUGAGCAUGCAUAAUUUGCAUAAUAAUACAUAAUUAAAUGCAUUUUUAAGAUCAUUUUGACUUGUACUCCAGAUGUGGGAAGUGUUAAUAAUUGAAAUAUACAAAUUAAUAUUUUUUACUAAUUAUUAAUAUUAACCAUACGAUCUAAAAAAUGGACACCUCAGAUUAAAAUUACUCUUUCAUUUUCUUAAUUUGUCGGAUUUUUGUUACAUAAUUUACAAAAAUAGUCUGUGUGGAUUAUGUCGUUUUUAAAAGAAUAUGAUUAUAGAGAUGAAUAAGAUGGUAUUGUACAUGAAUACCAUAAAUCAUUAUUCAAUAUUUUCCAAAGUUAUUAAAAUAAAAAACGAAUGAGUAUUGUGUGAGAGAAAAUUAUUUCAUUAAUUACUGUCUCAUUUUCAUUUCUUCAUAUCAAGAAUUUUCUAUCAUAUACAAACAAAAUAUUAAAUAUAUGCCCAGUUUAAAAUGUUUACAUACUAAUGAUUAUAUAAUUUUUAUUUACAAUAAAUUGAAUAUUUCUUUACACAGAUAAAGUAUUUUUCAUCAACAUCCUGAAUCUACAAUAAUUUGAAUAAAAUCUGCAUUAAUAAUUAAUGAGAUUAAUGCAAAACAAUCUAUUUUAUUUGAUAAAUUCCUUGUAAUUUGAAAUACAAUUUUUGUACCUUUUAUGAUAAAAUAGCUCAAUAUUUUUUUUUUAAUAUGCAGGGGUGUUUGUGCUCCGGGGAAACCCCGGAAUUCCGGGGAUUUUGAACUUCGAUACCCGGAAAUUCCGGGGAUCGUCGUUCAAAAGGAAGUAGGAAUAAUAAUGAAUUAUUUAUUUUGAUCUGGGUAAUUUUGUUUGCUUUGAAAGCAGAAAACGCAAGGUCAGUGUGUGUGGUGAAAACUUUUCCUUUCUUUCUCCAAAGGCAGUGAUAAUGCGUGAAAAGGGGGAAAAAACUUCUUUUUUGUUCUUUCCUUUUUGCUAGUUAUGACUCAUUCCCCUGGUUCUCGGACAUUCUCUUCUGGAUUCUUUUCGGCAAGUAGGCGCGGCAGAAAAAAAAGGGAGAGACUUCGUUCGACCAGAUGUGCGAUCACGUGACCUGGGUUCAAAGGUCUUAAUUUUGCAAAAUUAAUGGUUAUUAAUUUUGCAAAAAAAGUCAUUCAUUGAACUUUUAUAAUUAGGUCUUUCAAUACUUCAUAAUUGUAAUUUUUCAUUUCUCCCCCCCCCCUUCGCGAAACUCCAAAAUGUCGGUAGUAAAUCCGUAAAAGUUUCAGGGGAUUUUUUGGGGUCCCACAAACACCCCUGAAUAUGAUCAUUUAAUGAGCUAGCCAUUUUUCAAUAAAAAGUGUUUAUUAAUAUAUUUCUUUCUUAGAAAUAAUAUAUAUAUUUUGAGAAAUAAAUUCAUUGUAUAUUUUAAACUUUAUAAUGUUUGUCUGAAUAUAAAAUGUGGAAAUCAUACAUCUAAGCUCCUUAGUAAUUACUAUUGGGAUUUUAUAGUUAUAUUAAUUUAGAGCAGUAAAAUUAAUGGGCUUUGAUAUCAUUUUUUAUACUCAAUGAUAGAUAGUCUGUUAGAAAUAAAAAUUUGCAUCUCUCGACAUUAUUUUUAAAAUUUAUAUCUUUGUUUUCACUCUUAUUUCAUCACUUUUCAUCUAGAAAAUUCAGUAAUAUGUUGAAAGACUACUACGUCAUACUACUUUGCAGCUCUGGUCUGAUUCUUCCCCUUUUCUUGUCCGCUAUUUUUAGUUUGAGUUUCAUUGUUAUGAUGGAAACGCAUCUAUUUUAAAAUACUAAUUUUCUUUUGUUAGAAGACCCUUAUCAAAAAAGAUGUGUCAGCAUUUUUAAAAAUAAAAUAAAAGUUUUGAACUACUUAGGAGUAAAGUUGCUUUUUUAAAAGUGUAUUUCAAUUGUUAUUCUUGAGAAAUAUUUUUUGUGGGAUUGCCCAUUUCUGAAAGGGUGAGCUGCCACUGUUCAUACUAUCAUUCAUUAUUUAUCUGGCAAAUUUGUCUUAUCUCAUGUAUGAAUUUUUAUAGUUUUAUAAUAAAUUCUUUUAGAAUGUUAUGCGUAUUAUUUAUUUUACUAACAUCUUAUUAAGAUUGAAAGAUAUAAAUAACAAAAAAGCCAUCAAAACCCACAAGUUUCUGUGAAAUUACUGAGAAGGCAAUAGUAAAAUUUUGUUCUAAUUUCUGUUAUGAGAACGAUAACAUAAGGGUGUAGGGCGAUUUUUCUCAAAAAUUAAGCAUUUUGAGAACCUUAGCUUUUAUAAAACUGUAUUGAAGCAGUCAAUAGACAAAAAGUGCUCAGUAUUGCUGACAAAGAAAUAUUGUUUGUAUCAGAAAUUGGCAUUAUUUGCAAGAAACUAAGUUGAUUUUCAAUUUAUGUGUCAUUUUGAUCUGUUUUGGAUAAUUAUUUUACUCUUAUGUUUGAAACCAGGUAUAUAAAUGCAGUUGAGAAGCACAAUGAAUAAAUAUUUUUCAAACUCA